AUGCAAAAGAAACACGAUGGAGAAUAUCCAGUGCCAACCACAACAACAGUCCCCAAUCCAACAAUAAUCGUUUCUCCCACUUCUUCUGGGAUCACAAACACUGGUACUAUUAAUAGUAUUACAGCCAAUUCCACACCCAGUUCCGAAAAAAGGCAACGAAAAACACUGCUGAUUCAAAAACAAAGACUCAAUUACCUUCAACAGCAACAGCAACACCAACAUUCACUUCAUUUACCAAACAUGAACCACUCCAAUGGCAGUGCCAGUUCUUUUCUACAUGUACAUUCACCCAACUCCAACAACAGAAUAAUACAUCCCCUCGAUAUUGCGACAGACAUGAGUGAAUCGUCCCAACAGAGUUUGAUAUCCACCACUUCCGCGGCUACCGGUACCAUCACACACACUACUUCUGCUACUGGCUUUCGGUCCAUGGCCCAUCGGAUAUUACGAAGAUCUUCCAAUCAUCACCAGUCGUCUACAGCAUCGAUACGGAUCAAACGAUUCAUUCGUGUCAUGGGAAUGAUUGCUAUUUUCUGCUUAUUGGGAUUGCUCCGGGAACAAACCGCCAAUGGCAGCAAUCAACGAUUCCAAAAUGGAGACAAACAAAUCAAGGCACAAUCCGCAGACGAUGAUGGACACUUGAUACAGAAACAAAAGGAUAAACAAAAGGAAAUACAGGCAUCAUUACAGCAAGAGCAACAGCAACCAAACGAUACGACACCAUCAGAACUGUCUUCCUCCACAACGACUGCCAAUGCUCCAAUGACGGCACUCGACAACGAUGUACCCGAAGAAAUCGUCACGUCUUUGGAUGCGGAACCAGAUACAACCAUUACGGAUUCUACUGGUGAGGUCGAUGACCAAAAACGAUCAUCCAAUCCAUCCACCACCACCGAUGCAGCCUCCAAACGAAACCAACAAAAGACCAACAACAACAAACCCAUCAUCAAAAUUAGCCAACCCAAACAACCAACUUUCCCCAAAGCAACCUACGAUCCAUCCAUGCGGCUGCAACUAGCGGCGUUGCCACCCGAUUCCACCAAUAAUCAUUCAUUUGUACGACGCUAUUGUGACUUGCAGGGAACCGAUUGGUUCCCACGCAACGACAACCGCCAAAACAACCACCAAAACAAUAAUAGUACGACCCAGUGGCAUUCACGGGCACCCUUUGCACUUUUGCUGGGACCCGAUCAUGGGGGAAGUCACGUACUCUGGCAAUUACUAUCGACACAUCCACAAAUGGCCGAGGCGUUGCAAUCGCAAUUCUUUACGUACAAUGCCAAAAAGUUUGCCAAACAAGAAGUUGACGCCAAUAGUAAGAGUGUUCGAAUUCGAACACGAGCCGCUCGACAUGCCUACAUGGCACGGCACGUACGGACCCAGCGGCAAUUGCAACGGCAUUCCACACAAGUCGUCAUCGAUACGGUCCCCGAAACGUUACUCUACGAACAUUUAAUGGCACCUCUCAUUCUCUGUUCCAUGCCAUGGGUCAAACUCGUCAUGACGGUCCGGCAUCCACUGGUACGACUGCUACAACAGUAUCGAGCCGCGCAACAACGAGGACUGACGCUGUCAUUGGAGAAUUGGAUUUCGCGCGAUUUGGAACGAAUGCAACAGGCGGGAUUGUUGGUACCCGAUGGAGAUCAAGCGCAGCAACGACAAGCCGCCUUGAAAGCUAUUACCAAUCGUCAAGCGUGGGAACGGUAUCAGCAACAAACCCCAACCGCGUGGGAGGCAUCGGUCGGGCAGUCCCUCUACGAAGCCAUGGUGCAACCGUGGUUCCAAUGGAUGCAAGAAACGGGUCGCAAUCCGCAAACCGAAAUUGUCGUGGUGCAGCACGAAGUCUUUACGGCGGAUAUCGAGACGGAAUAUGCCGCUCUGCUGCGGCAGCUGGGGUUGGCACCUCAUGCACCCCCGGCGGCUCUUGUAGAGUCGCUGCGGAAACAAGCCAAACAAGAAGUCGACUCGUGGAAAACGGAAUUCGGAGACGAAAAGGUUCGAAAGCAGUUGAAACACUUUUUCCAACCUUACAAUAAGCUCUUUGAUGAAUUCUUGAAGAAUACGUAUGGUACGGCAACCAUUGGCGGCGAUGACGACGAAGACGGUGUCCCCCUGCUACGGUGGAAACCAUCCUUAUGGAAGACUGGGUAG